AUGCUCAGAAAACAUAAUUGGGCAAAUACAGCAAAAGCAAGAGCCUAUUAUAUUAGCUUCUAUAACAGUAUGUGGUUGGUAGCAAAUGAUAUUAUCAUUGGAUUAGCUAUUGGAUCAUUCUUAAAAGCAAAUCAUACAGUAAUGGCUAAUGAAUUACACAAGAUUCUUCAUACAUACACAGUUGAAUCGAUUCAGUCUAUGAUGUUGUGGUUUUUAGAAUCACCAGCUGGUCUUAAGCUUAACCAUGAACUAGGAAGUUUUCUUAGCGAACUAUUUCUUUGGCUUAUCGGGUUAUGGACGCAUUUUGCAGCACGCAUAUUUAACUGGCAGCUUGUCAUUUUGGGUUCUUUAUUUAAUCUGUUUAGAGGCAAAAAGCGAAAUAUAUUACGAAAUCGUAUCGAUUCGUGCGAUUAUGAUCUUGAUCAGCUUUUAUUGGGAACGAGCCUUUUUACUUUAUUAACUUUUUUGUUUCCUACCGUUUUGGUUUAUUAUCUAACAUUUGCUUUGGGUCGAGUUGGUAUUAUUUUUCUUCAAGCUGUUAUGGAAACUAUUUUAGCUUUCUUUAACCACUUUCCUUUGUUUGCAAUCAUGUUACGAAUUAAAGAUCCUCAUAGAUUACCAGGUGGGCUCAAGUUUGAAAUAUUUAAGCAUGAUUAUUUUCUAUUAGAGCAUCAUAAUAUAUCUUAUAAAGUUAAACAGUUUUGGGUUAGAACCAAGAAAGAAAAUAAAAUAAACAAAAGGUCAUUAAAGAAAAAAAUGGUUACGUUUAAUAUUCCAAGCAGCAACAGCUCUUCCACAAAACACAAAAUACCAACACACACUGCUACUGCUGAAGGAGCUUAUCUUUGGAUGCGUAAUAUGCCAAUUCCUAUGGGCGCUAUUUUUUUUCAAUAUAUGCUUCUUUGGAAGAGAUUAAGUGCACAUUAUUUUUCUGCUUAUGUUUUCAAGUGUUUACUUUAUGGUGAAUCUAUCAAACCUAUUCCAAAAUUACAGGUAAUGUCUAUUUUUUUUUUUUUUUUAUACUGUAACAUAUAA